AUGAACUGUCAUUUCCCCAUUACCUGGGAAGACCUCUUCGAUUUCCUACUAAUAUUAACUGUGGAACUUACUUCUGCAUACCAGGCUCUGCCUCUGGGCUUUCUAUUCUGUCCCAGAGACCCAGUACCAGAAUAUUUAAAUCACUGUGGCGUUAAACACGUUUUAAUAUCUGAUAGGGCCAGUUUCUGCGCAUUGCACAUUUUUUUCUUCCCUUUCAGGAACGUGUUCGGGCCCGCGGCAGGGGGCGGGGUUGCGCCUCCUCCGCGGCUCUGGUUCCAGCGGAGCCUCACCGACGCGGAGAUGGAAAUCCCGAGGCUGCUCCCGGCUCGCGGGACGCGACAGGGCGGCGGCGCUGGCAGCUCCGCGGGCGGCGGCCGGGUCCACGAAGGUCUUGACCCGCGGGCUGGCCAGGCCCCCGCGCACCGCCUCCUGCUGCUCCGGGGCCCGCAAGAUGGCGGGCCCGGGCGGCGGCGCCAGGAGGCCCGCGCGGCCUCACGGGGCCCUGGCCCGGGCCCGUUGGCGCCGAGGCCCGAUCACGCUGGCGGCGGCGGCGGCGGCGGCGGCGGCGGCGGCGGCGGCGGCGACUUCUUCCUGGUGCUGCUGGACCCGGUGGGUGGCGACGUGGAGACCGCGGGUGCCGGCCAGGCCUCAGGGCCUGUAUGGAGGGAGGAGGCCGAGCAGGGCUCACGGCUCCAGGGGGGCGAGAGCAGCGCGAACCCCACGGGCCACCCUGCGCUGGGCUCCCGUUGCCUGUCUGCAGUCCCCGCCCCUGCCCGGGCCCCGGCCCAGGCCCCUGCCCCGAUCCCUGCCCCAGGCCUGGGCCCCGCCGCGGCCUUCGCGGGCACCGUCACUAUCCACAACCAAAACCUGCUGUUGCGCUUCGAGAACGGCGUCCUCACCCUGGCCACGCCCCCGCCGCCAGCCUGGGAGCCUGGGGUCGCGCCUGCCCCGCAGCCGGGGGGUCUGAUCGCCCCGCAAGCAGAGGUCCCGCACGCCGCGCAGCCCGGCGACUGCCCCGAGCUGCCGCCCGACCUCCUGCUGGCCGAGCCGGCCGAACCUGCGCCCGUCCCGCCGCCCGAGGAGGAGGCAGAGGGGCCGGCCGCCGCUGAGAGUCCCCGCGGGCCGCUGGGCCCGGGCCCGGGCGUGGUGCUGUACCUGUGUCCCGAGGCACAGUGCGGACAAACCUUCGCCAAGAAGCACCAGCUGAAGGUGCACCUGCUGACGCACAGCAGCAGCCAGGGCCAGCGGCCCUUCAAGUGCCCCCUGGGCGGCUGCGGCUGGACCUUCACCACGUCGUACAAACUCAAGAGGCACCUGCAGUCGCACGACAAACUCCGGCCAUUUGGCUGCCCGGUGGAGGGCUGUGGCAAGAGCUUCACCACCGUGUAUAACCUCAAGGCGCACAUGAAGGGCCAUGAACAGGAGAACGCGUUCAAAUGCGAGGUGUGCGAGGAGAGCUUCCCCACGCAGGCCAAGCUCAGCGCACACCAGCGCAGCCACUUCGAGCCGGAGAGGCCCUACCAGUGCGCGUUUUCUGGCUGCAAGAAGACAUUUAUCACAGUGAGUGCCCUGUUUUCCCAUAACCGUGCCCACUUCAGGGAACAGGAACUCUUUUCCUGCUCCUUUCCUGGCUGCAGCAAACAGUACGACAAAGCUUGUCGGCUGAAAAUUCACCUGCGGAGCCACACCGGCGAGAGACCUUUCCUUUGUGAUUUUGACGGCUGUGGCUGGAACUUCACCAGUAUGUCCAAACUCUUAAGGCACAAAAGGAAGCACGACGAUGACCGGAGGUUCAUGUGUCCUGUGGAAGGCUGUGGGAAAUCUUUCACGAGGGCCGAGCAUCUGAAAGGCCACAGCAUAACCCACCUGGGAACAAAGCCGUUUGUGUGCCCCGUGGAAGGCUGCUGUGCCAGGUUCUCUGCUCGAAGUAGCCUCUACAUUCACUCCAAGAAGCACUUGCAGGAUGUGGACACUUGGAAAAGCCGUUGCCCAGUCUCCACUUGUAAUAAACUCUUCACAUCCAAGCACAGCAUGAAGACCCACAUGGCCAAAAGGCACAACCUAGGCCAGGAUCUCUUAGCUCAGUUAGAAGCUGCAAAUUCUCUUACGCCCAGCAGUGAACUUGCCAGCCAGGGACAGAGGGAUCUCAGCGAUGCAGAGCUAGUGCCUCUCUUCUCUGACGUGCCUGGCAAUAGUUCUGCUGCGGUGCUAGACACGGCAUUGGUGAACUCUGGAAUCUUGACUAUUGAUGUGGCUUCCGUGAGCUCAACUCUGGCAGGGAACCUUCCCGCUAAUAAUAAUUCCUUAGGGCAGACUGUGGACCCUCGGGCCUUGAUGGCCACCAGUGACCUUCCUCAAAGUCUGGAUACCUCUCUCUUUUUUGGAACGACAGCCGCCGGUUUUCAGCAGAGCCCCUUAGAAAUGGAUGAUGUCUCAAGUCUAAGUGCUGGGCCGUUGGGAUCUCUGAGCUCUUUGGCUAUGAAAAACUCGAGUCAAGACCCCCAAACUUUGACCCCCAGCAGUAAGCUAACAGUGGACACAGAUGCUCUGACUCCUUCAAGCACCCUUUGUGAAAACAGUGUCUCAGAUCUGCUGACGCCAACCAAAGCAGAAUGGAACAUACAUCCUGACUCUGACUUCUUUGGACAGGAGGAAGAAACCCAGUUUGGAUUCUCCAAUGCAGCAGGAAACCAUGGUUCUCAGAAAGAAACAGAUCUUAUCACAGUGACUGGCAGCUCCUUUUUGGUAUGAACUAACUCUAUUCAUUCCCCGCCACAUGGCUUACUUUUGCUAAUUACACUCAAUUGUAAGGAUAUUCUGGACUAAACGUUUAAAUGCAGUCAUGACUUAUAGGUUUGAAAAAGAACAGAGCCCUGGGCUACAAGUUUGGAGAUUUAAAUUCUGAUCUUGAGUCUGGAACUGACAAGUUGUGUGACCCUGAGCAAGUCACUUCACCUAUCUGAGCCUUAAUUUCCUUAUUUAUAAAAUGAGGUGGUUUGAGCAGAUUGUUUCUAAGGUGUUUUCAGCUCUGUGAUUUCUUGAUAGUAUGCUUCUUUCCUUGGAAAAAAUUAGGGCAUUUUUCAGUGAUGGUGUUACAUGUGCUUUUUUUCCAAAUAUGCAUAAAAUACACAUAAUGAUGUAACGAACAUCCAUGCACUUGGCACCCAACUUCAACUAUUAUCAGUUCACAAAGAAUCUUGUUUAUGUAAUCUCCACUGUAACCCUUUUCCAGUAUUAUUUUGGAAAAAAUUCCAGAUACCACAUCAUUUCAACCAUAAGUAUUCAACAUAUGGUUCUAUAAAGAAUGAGCUCUUUUGGGAAAACACUACAAUUCAAUUAUCAUACUUAAAGUUAACAAUAAUUGUUAAUAAAUAUCCAGUCAGGGUUCCAACUUCCAAUUGUCUCAUGAAUGCUACUUGUUUUAAUAUUUUUGACAAUUAGCAUCUCAGUAAGUCUCUUAAGUCUUUUUAAUAUACUGUAUGUUUCCCCUUUGUCUCUUUCUUUCCUUGCAAUUUUGUUUAUGAAGAAAUGAGGUUGUUUCAUGUGUAGCAUUUGCCACAGUCUUAAAGUUUUGGUGAUUACAUCACUUUGGUGUUAAUUUCCUCUACCCUCUGUUUGCUUACUUUGAUAGUUGGAUCUAGAAACUUGAUCAGAUUGGAAAAUGAUUUUUGGGGCAGGAAUGUUUCAUAGGUCGUCUCUUGUGUUUUUUUAUAAGGCGGCACAUAAUGUCUAGUUUUCUCUCUUUUUGUGAUAUUUGGAGCUGCUGAUGAUCAGUGCAUUAAUUCAUGAUUACCUGUGCUUUGGAUAUCAUGAACUAUUCUUGUAGAGUUACUAUUAGCAGAGGAAGAAAUGCUGUUUAAGGCAUUUAUAAAAGUUGAAUAGAAGUAUUAUUCUAUGCCAAAAUAUUUUCUUAAAUAAUGAUAGAAAUAACAAGAAAAAAAAUGUGUUGGCUAUCUCAUUGUUUAUGUUACUGACCUCUUUUGAUGAUGGGAGGCUUUGUUGUUGUAGAAAUUGCCAGCCAGGAUUUGACAUGAAACAGGCCCAGGAUCAAAUUUGUGUUGGAUAAGUGGCAUUGAGUAAAUUAGUUUCACUAAGCUUGUCUCCUAGCUGUCAAAUGGUCAUAGCUGUCCACACACAUAGCUAACACACCUCAGAGUAUUCUUCUUUUCUAGUUUUUAAUAUGUAAGAAAAAAUAUUAUGUGCUUUGGCAUAUUUUGAUGAAUUUAUAUAAUCUCUUUUACCCUCUCAGUCCUUCCUGCUGUAAGGGAGAAAUUGGGAUAAUUUAAUCCUAUUCAGACAGUAAGGUUUGUAGAGUUGGGUGAAGCAGUAUAGGGAAUGUCUUUAUUCCUUCCACUGAAUAAUUUCCCCCCCAGAAAUUUCUAUGGGGAAAUGUCAGGAGUGGUGACAUUGCUUUCAGGUAUAUCUGCAUCCUUCUCCAUUAGAUCAAUUUCUCACUGUCUUUGUUCUUCUUCUGAAGUCAGACCGCACUGUGACUGUGGAGCCUGCUGUUGCAUGAAACUCUGAUAAUGGAGCAGAGAAGGUUUGCUCAUCUCUGUGGUCUGGAGAGCUCGCUGUUUGCACUUUCCCCGAGUUGGAAGGAAGGAUCGAAUCUGAAUAUUGUGUAAACUGUGUGUCUUGUAUGGGUGUAGCAUUUUGAUUUUUUGGAACAUCUUCACAACUGGUGUCUUACUUCUCAUUCAGAUCAACCCUGUGUGGUAGUUUUGGCAAAAUCUAUGCUGUAACUCAUAUGACAAUUUAGCCAACUCACAUUCCAAAUGGGCCUUGGCUAGUGACAGUUCUAUAUAUAGCUUAAAAUAAAGGAGAAAGGUUCUUUUACCUCUCCCUUCCCAUCCAUCCAAGUUUCAUAAUUCAUUCCUGUGUCAUAACUAGCUUCUCUUUUCCCCUUAAUUGGUUUCUGUUACUUUCUGCUUACUUUCUUCCCACUCUCCCUUGCAUGUGCAUUCUAGUCCUUCCCAUGCCUUUCUUUUUUUGUUUUUUAAAGGAGAUAUCUACCCUGCUACUAUUCCGCAGACUUUCUCCUCAUGGCCCAUUUUCUUCCAAUGAUAACAUCUGCUGAGUGUACACUGCAGUUCUGUGUGUACAGUAAGAAGUUAUUUUAUGAGCUUAGCUAAUGCUGUGUAUAUAUAUGACUCAGAUGAUAAAAGAGAUUAUUUUCUAUAUUGUUCAGAUGAGAAGUGGAUAUGUGUUUCAUUAUUUCCAUUUUUUAAAAGUUUUUGCCAAGGAGUUCUGCUAAUACUCUUAUUUGCUCUAGUGUACUAGUCCAGUAGUGUUUGCGUGUGAAUGUCUAUGGAUGACAGUUAAUUGUAGCACUUUGGCAGUGUACUAAAAAUUUGCCACUUUGAAAUGUUUCUGUACUGUUUGUGGGUAUACACACAUGCAUACACACACACAUAUUUUUUAAAGUGGUUGUAUUCAUUUAGUGAAAAACAAAAAGUAGGCAUACUUUUGUAAAUCAGAGAAAUGCUCAGCAUUUCAUUGUGUUUACUCAUUCAACGGUUUUCUUUCUUUGCUUUGAAAAUAUUUGUAUUCGUAAAGCACAUUUCAAAAAUAUUGUCAUUCAUUAAGACCUCUUAAAUAGAUCUUAAAAAGUGUCUGGCAGAUACAUGUGUCGAGGAUUGAAAUGAACACACAAGUAGCGAACAUCAAAUAAAUCAUCUAAAUAUGAAAAGAAUUUAAUACUGUGACUUCAUUUUUUAAUUCCUUAAAUCAACUUCCUCCCAAUACAAAAUCAUAAAAUAUAUUUUUUCCUACUCACUGUUGGAAUGUUCAAAGGACAAAUGUCACUUUUCUCAAAAAUAAAAGCUUUUAUUUGUCCGUGGGCCAACAGUUUCAUUGGACAAAUAUGUUCAAAUGAGUUAUAUUUCAGCAUCGUUUUCUAGAAAAAUGGUGAACCCUUUUAUACUUUCAAGGUAAGAAGUUUAAUUUCUGUUGGUGGUGGCAUGAAGUUGCCAUCACUCCUUUUAAAUAAUGGUACAUGUUUUAACUUAAUCCUAUUUCCUUUCUGCUUCCCCUGAGUCAUUGGUUUAUUAAGAAAUCUUGACAGUUGAAAACAAUAACAUGAGGGCUUUGAAAUAAGUCUGUUUCUAGGGGCUCUGUUGAUCAUAAGUUAAAAAUAUAUUGCCGUUGGCAUUUUUACCAAUUAGUAUAAUUAAUAUAACUCAAUGCUUGAGUAGCAGGAGUGAAACAUGGAUAGAUUAAGUUUAUUUAUCUCUGUGACCUAAACUUUUUAUGUUCUUAUCCAGGAAUAUAUGAGAAUGCAAUUUGUUACCUGGACUUUCCACUGUAUUUAUUUCAAAUUAAAUAUUUAUUAAGCAUCAUUGUGCAAAUUACAACAUAACAUAUUGAGGGUUCUAUGAGAAGAGUAAUAUGCAUCUCUGACCUUUAAGGAGAGCACAGUUGAUGGGAGGAUAUAGAAAAACAUAUAUUGAACAAUUGGAGAACAAAAACAGAAAAAGUUUAAUUUGGUACAAAAAUGACUGAGAGGUGAAAAAACAGUAAGAAUAAUGAGGAGUUUAUUCUGGACACAGUUGAGACCCAGUGAAUAUGUAUUAACAGAGGAGUCAGAUGAUGAAAAUGAUGUCUUAGAAAGGUUAAUGUAAUGGAAGUGUACAAUGUGGAUUAGAUGGGAGAAUGGAAUAGGAAAAUUAGAAAUCUUUUGUAGUAAUUCAGGUGUGAUAUGAUGAAGCAUGAAGCCUGGACUAGAAUGGUGUCAAUGGGAAAGAAAAGGAAGGAUCAGAUAUUGAAGAUGUUUUCAAAUUGAGGAAGGAGUAUUAGUGCCUUAUUAGGAAGAUAGAUCGAUAUCAUCAUAGAGAAACUGAGAGAGAAAUCAGGAAUGAUAAUUCAGGUUUCCUUGACCACUGUAAUAAUAGUAUUUUUACUAACAGAAUGAGAGAAGUAAGGAAAAGUCCUUUUCAGAAAUGAUUGUGUAAAGAUGAUGUUUCGUUAAAUGAUAAUUGAUAAAUCAUAGUUAUCCCUGCAUAAGCUAUCCAUAUUUUUGUUUAUCCACUUUCUAGAUGAGAACUGAAGGACACUACCUUUUUCUUGGUUCCCUCAGGCAUGCUCAGAACUACCUACAGUUACAAUUCUUUUACUUCCCUUUGAAUUGCUAGAGGCCUCCUCAUCUUGUCUUGAAUGAUCUAGAUCUGCACUGACCAAUAUGGUAACUACUAGUCAUAUGUGGCUAUGGAGGCCCUUGAAAUGUGGCUAGUAUUACUGAGAGACUGAAUUUUUAAUUAAAUUAGGUUAAUUUACAUUUAAAUUUAAAACAAAUAUUUUUCUGUUAAACACCACUUUAUUGUUUUAGUAGGAUUAAAUUUCACUUUAACCAAUCAAAAUUUACCAUCCAAAUUGAGGUAUCCCAUAAAAUACCAGAUUUUGAAGGCUUAGUACAAAAAUUUUAAAUAUUUCAUUAGUAUUUUUAUAUUGAU